AACAACGAUGUAACAGCAGUCUACUUCCAAAAGGUUACGCCCACUUUUGGGAAGCGGAAGGUGGACCUGUUUGUUUCGUGGUCUGGUCUCUUGCCGUAAACUGCAAGCAAUCGUCUGAACUCCAUUUCGAUAGCACAUCUGCAGUCAUCAUGGAUUGUUAUGAACUCUGGAAGCAGUGAUGAUGAAGGACGUGCAACGCUAGAAAGAUAGCUGCAACAGACAUGUGUUGACUCAUCUAACGUUAACUAUGGCAGAUUGGUAAAAAAAAAGGUCCCCCCUCCCGUCACGGUGCUCCCCAGUCGGUGUCUCUGCUGCCAUGGUGGUGGGCAGCCUCCCAGUGGAGCUGUGGAGGGUUAUCUUGGCUUAUCUUCCGCUCCCCGACCUGGGCCGCUGCUGUCAGGUGUGCCGUGCCUGGCGGGAACUCAUCCUCUCACUAGACAACACCCGCUGGAGACAACUGUGCUUAGGCUGCCCUGAGUGCCGACAUCCCAACUGGCCCAGUCAGCCCCACCAGGAGCCCCCAUCCUGGAGAGAGGCCCUGAAGCAGCACGCCCUGUCCACUCGCACAUGGACUCAAAAUGGGCCAGAGCUCCAGUCCUCUGCCUGCCUCCUCUUUUUCCGUCGUCGAAAAGACCGCAGGGUUUGGCAUGUGGGUCCUGGAUGCGAGUUUGAGACCCUACGUGGGGCCCUCGGGGUGGUUGGGCCAUAUGACCGCGUAGUUCUUCAUCCAGGGGUGUAUGAGGAGCAGGCUGAAGUGGCGCUGAAGGUGCCUGUGGAGCUGGUUGGGCUCGGCCGAUUGGGCGAGGUGGCCCUCCUGGUGUGUAUGGAGCAGCAGUGCCCUACUGCCCGGCUGUGUAAUCUGGUGUUCAUGCCACCCUGGUUCUCCACUGUGGUCUACAAGACGUCAUGGGGUCACGUCCAACUUGAUAACUGCAACUUUGAGGGGGCUCAGUUGCAAAUCCGCGGCCCAGGAACCUGCCAAGCUCGCUUCUGCUCCUUCUCACAAGGCAGCUCUGCCCACUUGCUUGGCGUUGUCCUCAGUCUGUUGGACAGCUGUGACUUCUCGGGAAGUGACACAGCUUCUGUGACUAUUGAAGGUCCUCCAGUGUCAGAAAGGAACUGGGCUUGUAAACACUUGGCUGCCUUGGCCAGGACGUUCCCAUCAUGUGGCGCAUCUGGGAACGAUAGCCCUCCCAGAGGCCCUCUGGCUGACUCUACUGGUGGGCAUCAACCUCCAGGUGGUAAUGUUAAAAAGGAGCCUGUGAGCAUAGACUGGCAGAGGAGAACUGGGGUAGAUGCAGUGUGUCAGGGCACAGUGAUUGAAGAUGGCUGGAGUGAUGGCGACCGCAGCGAUGGAGAAGAGGAGAACCGAGGUGGAGGAGGAACUAACAACACCAAAAACCCACUUAUAUUGGAUUACAAAAUCCCUUGUGACCAUCAUGGCCUAUCCCAUUUGCUCAAGCCCCAGCCAGAUGGCUCUCUGCCACUGGCCUCCACCUCAGAUCCACCAUCUUUGACCCCUGAACCCCUCACCCUUCAGCAGGAACUAGACAGGGACCCAGAGGCUCAGAUGUUGGCAGCCUCAACCCUUGGCUGUAUCCUCAGACGUUGCCUCUUCAGGGAAGGGAAGGGUGGCGUGCAUUUGUCUAAUUACGGACAAGCUCGGCUGGAGGGCAAUGUUUUCCGUGGGCUGAACUAUGCUGUCCGCUGCAUCCAGAACUCCACAAUAGUGAUGCUGAGAAACGAGGUGUGUGAGUGCCGUGCAUCAGGUGUGUUCCUGCGCCUCUCUGCUCAGGGCCUCAUCGCAGAAAACAACAUCCACUCCAAUGGGGAGGCAGGGCUGGACAUCCGAAAAGGGGCUAACCCCAUCAUUGUAUGUAACAAGAUACAUAGUGGUUUGCGUUCAGGGGUUGUUGUCCUUGGCAAUGGAAAAGGUUCAAUUCGGAGCAACCAGAUCUAUAACAACAAGGAAGCGGGCGUGUAUAUUCUCUUCAGCGGGAAUCCUGUGGUCAGUGGGAAUCACAUCUUCCAGGGCCAGGCAGCAGGGAUAGCUAUAAACGAGAAUGGCAGAGGGAUGAUAACAGAGAAUGUAAUCAAAGAGAACCAGUGGGGGGGUGUGGACAUCCGCAGAGGAGGUGACCCCAUCCUGAGGAACAACUACAUCUGUUAUGGCUACUCAGACGGUGUCGUGGUGGGAGAGAGAGGCCGCGGACUCAUUGAGGGAAAUCAUGUCUACUGUAACAAAGGCUGUGGUGUGUGGGUUAUGUCGUCCAGCCUCCCGCAGCUCCUGGGAAACUACAUCACCCAUAACUGUAUGUAUGGGCUGGCAGUGUUCUGCAGGAAAGACCCAGAGAACAUCGAGGCCAGGGAGGGGAACUGGCCAGGGCAGGACGGGAUUGGUGGAGAAGCAGGCAGCAGGGAAAGGAGGGGGGUAGAAGGAGAAGGGAUAGAAGGGCAGGAGAACUUGAAUGAAGAGGGGGAACUGUUUGCAUGGGAGAGUGAUCUGGACAGUGAGGAUGAGCGCCACUCUGCCCAUCGUUCCAUCAGCGUGGCCCUGGUGGAGAGCAACUGCAUGAGCUACAAUGGAGCAGUUGGUCUGUACGUGAAGAGCAGUGAGCCCCUGAAUGUCUUUGCUAAUCUUGUGAACAGUAACCGUGGCACCGGCAUAGCUGUGCUGCAGAGCAGUCAGCUGACCCGACUGGGUACAAACUGCAUUCUUGAAAAUGGUCGAGGUGGUGUUACGGUGGAGAAAGACUGCAGAGUGGAGCUUCGUGGUAACGGCAUCUAUAAAAACAGCGGCCAUGGUGUCGGUUUCAGUGGUAACGGGCAGAUUUUGGAGAAUGAUGUGGUUGGAAACCGUGGAUAUGGGAUCCAGGUCUCUGGCAGUGCUGACAUCAAGGUAAUGCGCAACCGUGUCCAACCAGUACAGGGCUUUGGCGUUGCUGUGCUAGGGCCAGUAAAAGGUGUUGUCCAUGACAAUCUCUUGUUCCAGGGCCACCCUGGAAACAAAAAGGCCCUGCUACAUAUCGAUCCUGGCAAUGAGAGCUGUGUGUUGCGCAACAACAAUGUUCUAAGACGUAACAGCUGUACAUCUGCUCCUCCCUGGGUUUUAGAAAACCCUCCCCCUCGUCCGCUGGCCAGCUCCCCUUCUGGCCUCUCCUCAUCCCAAUAUCCUUCCAGACUUGCGAUUUCCGUGACGAACAGGAUCAGCGCUACUGUAGAAAGUGGUUGCCACAGUGGCAGCAUGUUCUGCUCCAUCCUGUGAAUGCUGGCAAGCACUUAGAUACCAAUAUGAAUGACUUUCGAAAGAGGUCAGCAUCUGGUUGCUUUUGAACUGGUGUAUAUCGAAGCUUUUGAGCACUCUUGACCUUUGACAAUGAUGCCCUCUUGUUGAGGUCUAGUAACUGUCCAAGAAGAGGCUGCUCCGUGUAUAACCACUAAAGGGGCCAUCCACCUUCCAGUACAUUAGGGUGGCACAACAUGUUGUAAAUCUGAAAUCAGACUUUUGUAAUUUUAUGAUCAAAUGCCAGUGUACUUAUCCAAUGUGGACUCAUGAAGUGAAGCUGGAGUACAACAUUCAAGCAUUGUCAUCCUACAUCUUAAACAACCAUUUCCAUACUAAAGCUUUAACUUAAUCAUGUUCUUUUACAUUCAGAUUUCAUAUUCAUGUUCAGACCUGCUGUAGACUUUGUUGGUUUCAUCUGUUUGCUUCUGAGACUCACUGGUUGGGACAUGCACAUUUAAAAAAAAAACCUAGCAGGAGUCAAAGGCUCUAGAGAUGCCAGCCUCAUCCAUGCUACAAAGUAAAGCUGUGCCUUGUUGGACUUUUUAUUCAAUCAAUGAUUGUAGCUUGGGAAGGAGUUGUCCCAGUGUGAUGUGUAUAUGCAAAAAAGCAGGAAAAAAGAACAAAGCCAAUUAAGCUUCUGCCUCUUUCACACAGCCAUUUCCUGGUGAGUCUGUUUUUUGUAUCAUGUCCUCCGUGUUGUUCUUGAAAUGUGAUGCACCUAAGCUUUCUUUGACGUAAUGAAAUUCAGUGAGGUUAUCAUUCCAGAUCCUAUCAUCACGCUGCACAAUGACACAACCACACAGAUUCACCUGGAAAUAGCCAGUUAUAGAAGGAAUACUGAGGUUCAGUGUGCAGUAUGUGCCGUUUACAAAUGUGCCUAUAUGUUUUUACUGUCUAUGCUAGAUGUUUUCUGUCAUCUAGAAGUUGUUUACAGCUCAUUCCGCCGCUUUUUUUGUAUCUUGCACAGUAAGCAAUAAGUAAAGAUAUCAUGUUCAACUCAAA